CCCCCCCCCCCACCCACCAUCACCAUCCUAGGUAGCAUCACUGCCAACAAGAGGGAAGAGAAAGACAUAAAGGAGAAAGAAGGCAAACAAAGAAGAGAUCAUUGGAAAGCAAGCAAAAGAGAGAAGAAAGAAGCGGUUGAAAUAAAGGUUGUGGCCACCAAAUGUCAAACAUAACAGGAGAUGGUGGAAGCUUCUCCUCCGAGAACCACACGGGAGAGGAGGAGGUCCACCAGAGCCAGCAGCAGCAACAUCAACAUCCACUCCAUGGAACCGUGGCUGCCAUGGCUAAUUCACAGCCACCGGCACUGCCUGUCAAGAAGAAAAGGAAUCUCCCUGGGACUCCAGAUCCUACAGCAGAAGUGAUCGCUCUAUCGCCAACAACUCUAAUGGCAACAAAUCGCUUUGUGUGUGAAAUCUGCAACAAGGGCUUCCAGAGGGAUCAAAACCUCCAACUGCACCGCAGAGGCCACAACCUCCCAUGGAAAUUAAGGCAACGGACGAGCACGGAGGUCCGGAAGAGGGUGUAUAUUUGCCCUGAAACCACUUGUGUUCACCACAACCCGAGCCGAGCUCUGGGGGACCUCACAGGGAUCAAGAAGCACUUCUGCCGCAAGCAUGGGGAGAAGAAGUGGAAGUGCGACAAGUGCUCGAAGAAGUACGCAGUGCAAUCAGAUUGGAAGGCCCAUACCAAGAUCUGUGGCACCAAGGAGUACAAGUGCGACUGUGGCACCAUCUUCUCCAGGAGGGACAGCUUUAUCACCCACAGAGCCUUCUGCGAUGCUCUAGCCGACGAGAACAACAAGGUCAACAAUGGCCUGAUGCCCACCAUGAGCCCAAACCUCCAAGCCCACCAGGUGCCCGAGCUCAUGAUGCCCAUCGGCACCAGCACUGCCGACUCCCCGGUUGGACUCUCCGACUUCAAUAACCAUGACAUCAAGAAUCCCCUCAAGGCCCUCCCCUACGAUCUCAUGCCCACUUCACUGCGUUCCCAUGCCAUGGCUGGGAGCAUGCUCUCCACAACCUCUGCCACCACUCUCUUCAGCCCGAGGACCUUCCCCUCAGGUUAUGCCGGGCUCGACAACAUCAAGAUGGGACAGCCGGCCUUCGGGUCGGCCGACAUGUCGGCGACCGCAUUGCUCCAGAAGGCGGCGCAGCUGGGUGCAACCGCCACCUGUGGCACUGGUGCCAUGAGCUCCCCUAUAAGUCACCGGAGCUUCGUCUUGGGGAUGGCUGGGAGUGAUCAGAACUCUAGCAUUAGGCCUUAUGGGUCAUACAAUGGGGUGCAGACACAUGGGAUGGGAGUGGAUGGAGGAGGGUUUGUGAAUCAAUUUUUCGGUACUGCAGUGGGUGAAGGCUUGGGGGCGAGUGACAUAGGAAUGUUUCCGUCGACUGCCGGAAUGUUGAACAAUGGUGGUGGUGGCUUGCGGGGAGGGAGUGGGGGGUCGGGGUUGAGUUAUGGAGGAGGGGGGAGUGGGGACGUGAUGACUGUGGAUUUCCUGGGGGUCGGCAGAGCAAGGACGGUGGCAGCGAUGCGAUUACAUGAGCAGCGGCAGCAGCAAGGGAUGGAGUUUGGAGGAGUUGGUCAGCAGAGGUUGCAGGGAUUGCACCCAUUUCAGCAUCAGCAUCAGCAUCAGCAGCAGCAGCAGCAGCAGCAGCAGCUAAGCCAUGGACAAGCUGCCAUGGAGAAAACCAUGUGGGACGUUUGAGUGAGAAACAAUGUUGAGAAAACAUAUGAGUCUUUUUCUCUCCCCUCCCUCUUGAGCUGGUUAGAAUUGGUAGGAGCAUUUUGUUAGAAUCCAAAUUCCGACGUAGAGGUCUGUCAAAUAAGUUUUAACUGUUUGAUCAAGAAAAUUUCUCCAGACUUUGUUCCAA